AUGCCAUCAUCCAAACAGCUCCGAUCUUCUUGUGCCACCAAUACGACUCUAAACUCUUCUCCAUCCCUCUCAUCAUCGAAUGAUUCCAUGGGCGAUUCGGGAUCAUCCCAAACGAUUGCCAAUAGCCCUUCGUUUGAUGUGAGUACAAGCAGUGGUCGCCAACCCCGUAAAUUAAGAAAGCAAAUUAAUACAAAGGCUUUCAAAGAGAAUUACUUUGAAUUAGAUAUCACUUCAUCGAGCGAGGUUCAACUGCUUCAAUUUAGAACUACUGACACUUCUCGGUCAUCUACUUCCUUGCCGACCACCACCAACAAGAAGGAAGUUCAUAAGCCUCCAACAAGAUCAAUCAUGAAUAAUAAUAACAACCAGCACUCUCCUCGACCACCACAGAGAAAGCAGAACCAAAUCCCUACUCAAACGUUGAAGGAAGAAUCAAACAACAAGAAGAGAAAGACCAUGGAUCAUAAUGUACCAAAUCUUCAAGAGGCUCCAAGUGCUUUCAAUACGACCACAAGUAUUUCGUACAACAAUAAUGUCAACAACCACUCUAUGAAGAUCAAAGAACCAAGAAGAUGA